CUCGAUAACACACUGUUCAACACCCAGCUCUAUAACACACUGUUCAACACCCAGCUCUAUAACACACUGUUCAACACCCAGCUCUAUAACACACUGUUCAACACCCAGCUCUAUAACACACUGUUCAACACCCAGCACUAUAACACACUGUUCAACACCCAGCACUAUAACACACUGUUCAACACCCAGCUCUAUAACACACUGUUCAACACCCAGCUCUAUAACACACUGUUCAACACCCAGCUCUCUAACACACUGUUCAACACCCAGCUCUAUAACACACUGUUCAACACCCAGCUCUAUAACACACUGUUCAACACCCAGCUCUAUAACACACUGUUCAACACCCAGCUCUCUAACACACUGUUCAACACCCAGCUCUAUAACACACUGUUCAACACCCAGCUCUAUAACACACUGUUCAACACCCAGCUCUAUAACACACUGUUCAACACCCCAGCUCUAUAACACACUGUUCAACACCCAGCUCUAUAACACACUGUUCAACACCCAGCUCUAUAACACACUGUUCAACACCCAGCACUAUAACACACUGUUCAACACCCAGCUCUAUAACACACUGUUCAACACCCAGCUCUAUAACACACUGUUCAACACCCAGCACUAUGACACACUGUUCAACACCCAGCUCUAUAACACACUGUUCAACACCCAGCGCUAUAACACACUGUUCAACACCCAGCUCUAUAACACACUGUUCAACACCCAGCUCUAUAACACACUGUUCAACACCCAGCACUAUAACACACUGUUCAACACCCAGCUAUAUAACACACUGUUCAACACCCAGCUCUAUAACACACUGUUCAACACCCAGCUUUAUAACACACUGUUCAACACCCAGCUCUCUAACACACUGUUCAACACCCAGCUCUAUAACACACUGUUCAACACCCAGCUCUAUAACACACUGUUCAACACCCAGCUCUAUAACACACUGUUCAACACCCAGCUCUAUAACACAUGUCAACACCCAGCACUAUAACACACUGUUCAACAACCCCAGCUCUAUAACACACGUGUUCAACACCCAGGCUACACUGUUCAAACACCCAGCUCUAUAACACACUGUUCAACACCCAGCUCUAUAACACACUGUUCAACACCCAGCUCUAUAACACACUGUUCAACACCCAGCUCUAUAACACACUGUUCAACACCCAGCUCUAUAACACACUGUUCAACACCCAGCUCUAUAACACACUGUUCAACACCCAGCUCUAUAACACACUGUUCAACACCCAGCUCUAUAACACACUGUUCAACACCCAGCUCUAUAACACACUGUUCAACACCCAGCUCUAUACACACUGUUCAACACCCCAGCUCUAUAACACACUGUUCAACACCCAGCUCUAUAACACACUGUUCAACACCCAGCUCUAUAACACACUGUUCAACACCCAGCUCUAUAACACACUGUUCAACACCCAGCUCUAUAACACAACUGUUCAACACCCAGCUCUAUAA